AUGGUGGCCUUGACCUGGCUCGGCGCGGCAGCAGCCCUCGUGCUCUCCACAUGGCCAACUGCAGCCUCUACAAACCCGGGCUUCCGCAAAGCGGCCAGUCCGAGCUACCGCAGCAGUGCCUCGGCCUGCCCUGAGCGCUGCAGCGACGCUGGUCCCAACACGGGAAACUGGUCCGUGUACGCGGACUUCAAGCAGAUCCACAAGUGCAAGGAGACCAUGUUCUACGACUUCUCCCUGUUCGACGAUGUCGAUGACCAGAACGGAACCCACCGCAUCCAGGCCUGCUCAUCAUAUGGGCCAGACUUUGCCAGUCUCCCUGCCUCCACUGCGCGGAUUGCUUCCGCCGAGUUCGUUGAUGUUGUGUUUGAACUCGGCUGGUGGCAUGAGGGGUUCGGCCUGGCGGCUGCUGGACUGCGGUCGAUUGUUAAGCAGAUGCGCCGGUAUGCCGAGGGUGGGCAUGGGCGGACGGACAGGCCGUUUAUCAUCUAUGGCCAGUCUGUACAGGCAACGAUUGGCCUGUAUAUUGGGCAGGGUCUGCUGAAUCAGGGGCUCAGCGAGUCUGCGCUGAAGCUGUUCCAAGAUAACCUUGACAAGCUCGAGGUCUCCACGCCAAGCCUGGCCAUGCAGCUCUGCGAGGAGGGCUACGAUAGCACGCACGUGUUUGGUAUCAUGGCGACCAGCAAUGGGACCUUCGCCCCCAUCCAAAGUACCAUCAAGGCUUGGGCCAACGCAACGUGCCUGUCGUUCUCGGGGUCCACCAAGUUCGCUGGCUCGGCCAAGUUCACUACGCCGCUUACUGAAUGGGAACCACACGACCUCCAAUUCAACUAUCCUGGCUCACAAUCUGGCUCGAAACCUCAACUGGCAGUGAAAUGCGGCAUCUCGGGUGCCGACUUCACCAAGUACAACCCUGGCGAAGGUUUCUGUUCCAACUUGAAGCCUAAGCAGCACGUCUGCUGCUCCAGUGGAGAUCUUCCUGAUUUCCGCCCCCAGCCCAACGAAGACGGCUCGUGCAAGGCAUACCAGAUCCAGGCCGAUGACAACUGCGACAGCCUUGCUGCGGAGUACAGUCUCGAGGAGGAAGAUCUCGAGAAGUUCAACAAGAACACUUGGGGCUGGAAUGGUUGCGAGAUUCUGUUCAAGGAUACGGAGCCAGGCACAAACCCACCAACGGAUGGCUCGGACAUCGCCGAUCUCAACCCUUGCCCGUUGAACGCAUGCUGCAAUAUCUGGGGCCAGUGCGGUAUCACCGCGGACUUUUGCAUCGAUACCAACACCGGCGCCCCAGGCACUGCCAAGCCAGGCACCUACGGGUGUAUCUCUAAUUGCGGGAUGGAUGUCGUCAGGGGCUCUGGAUCAGGCGGGGUCAAAAUCGCCUACUAUGAAGGCUACUGCCUGAGCAGACAGUGCCUGUUCCAAGACGCCUCACAGAUCGAUACCUCGCAGUACACGCACCUCCACUUCGGCUUCGGCACCCUGACUGACUCGUGGGACGUCAAGACCGGCGACGUGCUGUCCACCUACCAAUUCGGCGAGUUUAAGAGAAUCUCUGGCGUCAAGCGGAUCCUCUCAUUCGGUGGCUGGGACUUUUCAACCAUGCCUGAGACAUACCAGAUCUUCCGCAACGGUGUCAAACCUGCGAACAGGCUCACGAUGGCAACAAAGAUCGCCAACUUCAUCAAGGAAAAUGACCUCGAUGGUGUCGAUAUCGACUGGGAGUACCCCGGUGCGCCUGACCUCCCUGACUUCGACCCCGGUACAGAGGAAGACGGUCCCAACUACCUGGCCUUCCUUGUCAUUCUCAAGAACCUUUUGCCGGGAAAAUCCGUCUCCAUUGCCGCUCCUGCUUCUUACUGGUACUUGAAGCAGUUCCCUAUUAAGGACAUUGCCAAGGUCACCGACUACAUUGUCUACAUGACCUAUGAUCUCCAUGGGCAGUGGGAUGCCCAUAACAGUAACUCCCAAGGCUGUGCCACGGGUAACUGUCUGCGCAGCCAGGUCAACCUGACAGAGACACGACAGUCAUUGGCAAUGAUCACCAAGUCAGGUGUUCCUGGCGAAAAGGUUAUUGUUGGUGUGACAAGCUACGGGCGAUCCUUCAAGAUGGCGGACGCAAAUUGCUGGGGCCCCGACUCUGGGUACCUUGCCGAUGCUGAAAUCGCCGAGAUCAUGAAGGAUUCCUCUCGAGUCGUCAAGAGCUAUGUCGACACAACCAGCAACAGCGACGUCCUCAUUUAUGAUAAUGAUGAGUGGGUCGGCUACAUGGGCGCCGCCACCAAAAAGGCGCGCGCCUCCUUGUACGCUGCCUGGGGCUUGGGAGGCACCACUGACUGGGCCACCGACCUGCAAACGUACCACGAUGUCCCCAAGCCGGCGUACAGCUGGACCAACUUCAUCGAACUUGCCAGGGCCGGAGGGGACCCAAAGACGGACCACACGCGGAACGGGAACUGGACUGACUUUGACUGCACAGCCCCGGCCGUUGUGGACUUCCUCGACUACACACCCUCGCAACGGUGGAGGUUGAUGGGCGCAGACGCGGCAUGGGACGACAUUGUCCGGAUUUGGAAAGACACCGAUUCUCAACGCGGUGGUGUUAAUUUCAGCGAGUCAGUCGAGAGUACCACCCGCUUUGGGGGUCAGGCGGGCUGCGGUGUCAUGACCACUGCGGGCUGCACCAUCGUGGAGUGCGAAAAGGGUGCAGACAGUGACACCUCGGGCCCCGCGGCCAUGUUCAUCUCGAACUCGUUGGCGGAAAUCCAUGGAAUGUACAAGAGCUACUACGACACCUUGUUCAAGGCUCUCACCAUUGUCAGCACGGCGCUCGACGAUAUGGAGAACAAGUUUGCGCCUAUCCCGCCGGAAAAAGACGACACCUGGCUCUUGAUCCUCAUCGACGUGAUCACGCUUGGCGCCCUGGGAACUGCUGGUCCGUUUUUCAACACGAUUCUGAAGAAGGACGAUUGGUUUGCUGGGAAGACCGGCAGCGCCCUGGAUAACGCAAAGGAUACCGCCAUGACCCUCAUCGGACAAAGUACAACUAUCGCCAAGGACGCCUUACCUGGAGGGGACGCGGCUAAGUGGACUCCGGAGAAACAGGAUGAGUUCUCAGCCUAUCUGGGGCAGGUCGUCUAUGGCUGGGCAAUAUUACGUCGCUUGCGCUGA